AUGCCACUUAGCGCUUUUUCUUGGGAGACUCGGACAGCUCCAGUGGCGGAUCCUCUGGACCUAUGGGAUUUGGCGGAAGUAGUGGUGGAUCCGGUGGAUCCGGUGGAUCAUCCGGGCCUAUGGGAUUUGGCGGAAGUAGUGGUGGAUCAGGUGGAUCAGGAGGUAGUCCUAUGGGUGGAUCAGGUGGAUCAGGAGGUAGUCCCAUGGGCGGAUCAGGUGGAUCAGGUGGUAGUCCUAUGGGUGGAUCAGGUGGAUCAGGUGGAUCAGGUGGAUCAGGAGGGUCUGGUGGAUUUGGUGGAAUGGGAAGUUUCAAAGACAAAUUUGGUGGAUCAGGAGGUAGUCCCAUGGGUGGUUCAGGUGGAUCAGGUGGAUCAGGUGGAUCAGGAGGUAGUCCUAUGGGUGGAUCUGGUGGAUCAGGAGGUAGUCCCAUGGGUGGAUCUGGUGGAUCAGGGGGUAGUCCUAUGGGGGGAUCAGGUGGAUCAGGAGGUAGUCCUAUGGGUGGAUCAGGUGGAUCAGGAGGUAGUCCUAUGGGUGGAUCAGGUGGAUCAGGAGGUAGUCCUAUGGGUGGAUCAGGUGGAUCCGGUGAUUCAGGUGGGUCUGGUGGAUUUGGAGGAAUGGGAAGUUUCAAAGACAAAUUUGGAGGAUCAGGUGGAAGCCCAAUGGGUUAAUCAAAUUAUCAGCAAAUAGUGUUUUAGUCUAUAUUGAACACGAUACGGACAUCAAAUAAAUCAAUCUGUUGGUUGUUGUUCAUUCA